GCACCCGCGCGUGCGUGAGCUGGCGCGCGAGAAAGGGCCCGGUCGCGCCGAGGCUCGAGCGGCCGUCGCCAUUUUGUCGGGUUCUCUCUGACGCGGGAGCCGCCGCCACCGCCGCCGCCGCCGGGAGGCUCUUGUCAGGAUGGUGAAGCUGUUCAUUGGAAACCUGCCCCGGGAGGCCACAGAGCAAGAGAUCCGCUCACUCUUCGAGCAAUAUGGGAAGGUGCUGGAAUGUGACAUCAUUAAGAACUACGGCUUUGUGCACAUAGAGGACAAGACGGCGGCCGAGGAUGCCAUACGCAACCUGCACCACUACAAGCUGCAUGGGGUGAACAUCAAUGUGGAAGCCAGCAAAAACAAGAGCAAAGCUUCAACCAAGUUACAUGUGGGCAACAUCAGUCCCACUUGUACCAACCAAGAGCUUCGGGCCAAGUUUGAGGAGUAUGGCCCAGUUAUCGAAUGUGACAUCGUGAAAGAUUAUGCCUUUGUACACAUGGAGCGGGCAGAGGAUGCAGUCGAAGCCAUCAGGGGCCUUGACAACACAGAGUUUCAAGGCAAAAGGAUGCACGUGCAGUUGUCUACCAGCCGGCUUCGAACUGCCCCUGGGAUGGGAGACCAGAGUGGCUGCUAUCGGUGUGGGAAAGAGGGACACUGGUCCAAAGAGUGCCCAGUAGAUCGUACUGGGCGUGUGGCAGACUUUACUGAGCAGUACAACGAACAGUAUGGAGCAGUGCGCACACCCUACACCAUGGGCUAUGGGGAAUCCAUGUAUUACAAUGAUGCCUAUGGAGCACUCGACUACUAUAAGCGCUACCGGGUCCGCUCUUAUGAAGCGGUGGCGGCGGCAGCUGCUGCUUCUGCAUACAAUUAUGCAGAGCAGACCAUGUCUCAUCUGCCUCAAGUCCAGAGCUCAGCUGUGACCAGUCACCUCAACUCUACUUCUGUUGAUCCCUAUGACAGACACCUAUUGCCGAACUCUGGUGCUGCUGCUACCUCAGCUGCUAUGGCUGCUGCUGCCGCCACCUCUUCCUCCUAUUAUGGAAGGGACAGAAGCCCACUGCGUCGUGCUACAGCUGUGCUCCCCACAGUUGGAGAGGGCUACGGUUAUGGGCCAGAAAGUGAGUUGUCUCAGGCUUCAGCAGCUACACGGAAUUCUCUGUAUGACAUGGCCCGGUAUGAGCGGGAGCAAUAUGUGGACCGAGCACGGUACUCAGCCUUUUAAAAACUGGAGGUGUGAACCUCAAAUGGACUGAAUAACCCUGAGUUGGUUGCAGUCCCAGGAGCCUGAUGUUAAUGAGGCUGCCAGGAGGAAACACUCCAGAACUGUUGGGGAUCCAAAUUCGGGUCUCACUAGCAGAACUGAUCCAAGAACGUCACAGCUUUUGAAGUCGAUUGGCACAGAUCAAGACCAAGAUUUGGCCCUUUGUCUGUAAUAAGUAGAGGAACUUGGUGACGGGACCAGGGCCCUUGUACUCGGAGCCAAGCUGCUCUCCAGGCAUUGUGUAAGCCUCUUGUGUUGUGCUCUCUUUCAGGUAGGAUAAUUGCGGACUGAACCCUCGGGCUGCGGUCAUAUAUGAGAACUUGCUCCGCGCGGUCCCCUUUGCCGGGAUGUUUCCAUUGCUUCAUGUUUCAGUAAACAGAGGAGUUUGAGACCAACUAUGUUUUCUUUCUUAAUUUAAUUCUUCUAAGUUUACUUUUCUUUCCUCCUGAUACUAGUCUUAGUAGCCUUUCACUUUGUUCCUUAUAUUCUCAGCCUCAGAUCAUCCCUAGGUAAGGAUUAUGCUGGCAUUCCCUUUUUCCUGUACAGUGGAACCCCUCUUAUCUUGCUUUCCCUAGGAUUUGAACCCUUCCUCCCUGCCUACCUACAGCAUCUCCCUUUAAAAUGACCAUGUAGUGGCAAACAGCCUUUUACUCUUCUCUGUUAGCUCUGGACUCUUAACAUUGAAGCUAAUCUUCUGAAAUUGCUAGGACCAUUGGGGGUUUUGUUGUUGUUUUUGUUUGGUUUUUUUUUUUUUUUUGGUCUGACCUGUGAUCGUGGUACAGCGUUAGCUGAAAUUUAGCCUUGUUUUAACUCCACUCCUCCCACUUUUUUUUUUAAAUUUUUUUGACAAAUAAAUAUUUCUAACACUGAA